AAUGUCUAUAAGGUCAAACUAACGAAUAAUUGCAUCUGUUUUCCUUUUUUGCCUUGUGUUUGGGUUUUACAAGGAGCGUGACAGUGACUCAGAGGGUACAGGAAGGGGGUGACCGUGUGGCAUUUUCUCCUUUAUUUACCACGUCCCUCGUUAACACAGCUCCAACAUGCCGCUGGAGUGGCUCUUUGGGCGCAAGAUGACGCCGGAGGAGAUGCUGCGGAAGAACCAGCGCGCCCUCAACAAGGCCAUGCGUGACCUGGACCGGGAGCGCCAAAAGAUGGAACAGCAGGAGAAGAAAAUCAUUGCGGACAUCAAGAAAAUGGCCAAGAUGGGACAGAUGGAUGCAGUGAAGGUGAUGGCGAAGGACCUGGUGAGGACGCGGCGCUACACCAAGAAGUUCAUCAUGAUGCGUGCGCAGAUCCAGGCCGUGUCCCUCAAGAUCACCACCCUCAAGAGCCAGAACGCCAUGGCCCAGGCGAUGAAGGGCGUCACGCGGGCCAUGAUGAAUAUGAAUAAGCAGUUGAAGCUUCCCCAGAUUCAGCAGAUCAUGCAGGAGUUUGAGAAGCAGUCUGAGAUUAUGGACAUGAAGGAGGAGAUGAUGAAUGACGUGAUUGAUGAUGCCAUGGGUGAUGAGGAUGACGAGGAGGAGAGCGAUGCCAUAGUCUCCCAGGUGCUGGAUGAGCUCGGCCUACAGAUGACAGAGGGCCUGAGUGACCUUCCCUCCACUGCCGGCACUCUGGGCACCGCCACCGCCGCCUCCUCCAAGACUCCCGUGGCAGUGACGGAUGCUGCCGAUGAUGACAUUCAGGCUCGUCUGGAUAACCUGAGGAGAGAGUGAGAUGUCUAGGGUGCUUGGAGCCUCAGCCCAGGGUACAGUUAGUUCGUGUACGUGUGCAUUGUGGUUCACGUCCUGCCCAGCGACCCUCAGGUGGCCCAGCCCAAGCCUCACUUCUCUGCUCCCCUGGUCUUCAGUAUGAAUCUUGUCUGUGUAUGAACGGCCAGAUUGUAGAAUUAUUUUCCCUGCAGGUUGCAUUCAUUCCUGAGAACAUCCCAUGAGACUAUACA